AUGACCGUCUCCUUCACAGCCCUGCUCUGUCUGGGGCUGACUCUGGGCCAUGGGACACCAGUGCUGGCAGGAACUCUCCCUAAGCCUAUCCUCAGAGUACAGCCAGAAUCUGUGGUCUCUGUACAAACUACAGUAACCUUCCUGUGUGAGGGGACCAAGGGAGCCCAAGGAUGUCUGUAUAAUAAUACAAACCAAUAUUUAACAUACAGAGAGACCAUACCAAAUACUAAGAACAGGGCUGAAUUCUCAAUCUCAAAAAUAGCCCCUCUGGAUGCAGGGCGAUAUCACUGUCAAUACUGGACCCGUGAUGGAAGGUCAGAGCACAGUGAUACCCUGGAGCUUGUGGUGACAGGGGCCUACAGUAACCCCAGCCUGUCAGCCCAUCCCAGCCCUGUGGUGACUGAAGGAGGGAGUGUCACCCUCAAGUGUGUCUCAAGGCAACCAUAUCACAAGAUCUUUCAGACUAAGGCAGGACCACAGAAGGUCUUCUGGACACGGAACUCAGAGUUCAACUACUCUACUUGGCAGUACCAGGCCCAACUCCGUGUGGAUGCUCUGACCUCGAGCCAAAGGUGGACAUUCAGAUGCUACAGCUUUAAUGAGAACAACCCACUGAUUUGGUCAGAACCCAGUGACCCCCUGGAGCUCUUGUUCUCAGGGAUCCUCCACAAACCCACCAUCAAGGCUGAGCCAGGCCCUGUGAUUGCUUUAGAAAGUGCAGUGACCAUCUGGUGUCAGGGGACCCUGGAUGCAGAAAUGUUUCAGAAAGAAGGAAGCCAAAAGCCAUGGGGCACACAGUCCCCAGAGAAGCCUGGCAAAAGGGCCAAGUUCUCCAUCCCUUAUGUGACACAGCACCAUGGGGGGCAAUAUCGCUGUUACUGUUACAGCUCGGCUGGCUGGACAGAGCGCAGUGACACCCUGGAGAUUGUGGUGACAGGAAUGUACAACAGUAAACCCAGUCUGUCAGCCCUGCCCAGCCCUGUGGUGACCUCAGGAGGGAACGUGACUCUCCAGUGUGUCUCACGGGUUAGAUAUGACAAGCUCAUUCUCACCAAGGAAGAUGAGAAGUUCUCCAGCUCCCUGGACUCACAGUAUAUAAGCCUGUCUAAGAAGCCCUCUCUGCUGACUCAUCAAGGCCAUAUCCUGGACCCUGGAAAGAGCCUCACCCUGCAGUGUUGCUCUGACUAUGACAGAUUUGCUCUGUACAAGGUGGGGGGAGCUGACUUCACCCAGCAUUAUGGCCAGAGGACCCAGGGUAACUUCUCUUCAGCCACCUUCACCCUGGGCUAUGUGAGCAGCUCUACUGCAGGGCAGUACAGAUGCUAUGGAGCACACAACCAAUCCUCUGAGUGGUCAUCCUCCAGUGAUCCCCUGGACAUCAUGAUCUCAGGACAGCUUCCUGACAGUCCUUCCCUCUCAGUGAAGCCAAACUCCACAGUAGAGUCUGGAGACAAUGUGACCCUGCUGUGUCAGUCAACAUACACGACAGACACUUUCAUUCUGUCCAAGGAGGGAGCAGCACACCAACCCCAGCGAAUGAAAUCCAAGUCCCAAGAUGGGGAGUUCCAGGCAGAAUUCUCCAUGACUGCUGUGACCUCUGCCCUCUCAGGCACCUACAGGUGCUACAGUUCUAGAGGCUCAUAUCCCUACCUGUUGUCACAUGCCAGUGGCCCUGUGGAGCUCUCUGUCUCAGGACCCAUUGUGUCCUCCAUCCCACCACCUUCAAGUCCCUUGCCAACAGCCG